UGCAGACAAUUAAUUUCCCAAGCUUCAACAUACCUCUUACCCCAGACGCAUGAUGAGUCCAGAUACCCCCAAAAGGACGAUUUUGGCACUAGUGACAUCAGGCGGUUUUACACACGCCGCACCUGUCUUGGACAUCUGUCGAGUCCUCGCCGAUCGGGGACACACAAUCCAGUUUGCUACCCACGACGGACAGGAGGUCUGGACCAAGAAUUAUGGCUUCAUCAAGACCGUCUGCAACCUCGGGCCUGGUCCAACGGAAGAGCAGUUCCGUGAGCAUUGGGAGCGCAUGGUCGAUCUAAAGGUAGAGGACGCGCUUGGAAGUUCCCGUAUGUGGAAGUCCAAGUACCUCUGGGACUCUUUCUGGCCUGCGACGUAUAAGCGUAUGAAGGAACUCUGCAUCGACCCCAAGACACGGCCCGACUUUAUCCUCGCCGACUUCUUCGCCGAGGCCCUUGCCAAAGAUAUGAUGCUCGAGUUCGAUAUCCCCAUCGCACUCGUCUGGCCACAGAUGCCGUACCUGCUUGCGCCGGCACCGUACAUUCCCGGCCAACCUGGCUUCCAGGUUGAUGUGACUCUGACCUCGGAGCAUGCUUCGCUGUGGUCACGACUGCGCAAUGAACUGGCUGUGGUUUGGGCGGUGCCUCACUUUGUUACCUGGAUGGCCUGGUUUACCAAUCUCCGCCGGAAGAAUGGUGCCAAGUACCCCAUGUUACCUGGCGGUCCUAGGCCACACCAUCUUGUGCUCGUCAACUCAUUCUUUGGCCUCGAGACUCCUAAGGACCUGCCACCGCUCGUGGCCGCCGUGGGACCUAUCCUAGCAGAUGAGUAUCCUGGCCUUGAUGAGCGACAUGCCAGGUUCCUUGAGGCUCACAACCGGACUGUUUACGUCGCCCUCGGCACCAAUAUUGUGCUGCCGAAGCCAGCUUUUGAAAAGUUACUCGCCGGGUUGGUCCAAGCACUUGAUGCUGGUUCUGUGAACGGCGUAGUGUGGGCUUUAAACAAGGCCAAUGUUGACAGAUUGGAUCGCGGGCAAACCGUUUCCAGAGCCAAAGGAAAGUCUUUCACCUUGGGCGAAUUGGUUGACGGGGCUGUGCCGGAGUUCCUGGUCCCCAGAUUCGCACCGCAGCGCGCCAUACUGGACCACCCAAACACUAGAGUCUUCAUCACUCACGCCGGCGGCUCCUCAGCAAACGAAGCGGUGUACCACGGCAUACCCGUGAUAGUACUAGGCUUUGUUUUCGACCAGCUUGCCAACGGUGUACGAAUGGAGCAAGCAGGGGUGGGGUUGCAGCUGGAGAAGAACACAUUUACAGCUGAAGAAGUUGCCGCUCACAUAUCUACGUUGUUGAACGAAGAAACGAACGAAUCCUUCAUGCGCAAUGUCGAGCGUAUGGAGAAUAUCGCACGUACCGCAUCUCGAAGGAAGCACCUCGCCGCCGGUCUGAUCGAGGAGGUUAUGUAUGACUCUGAGUUACGAGUCGCCCGACCAAUGCACCUGCAAACAGCUGAUAUGCGCAUGCCAUGGUGGAAGGCUCAGAACUUGGAUUUGUUGUUGUUCUCCCUUGUGAACUUCGUGGGGCUGCCAGCGGCCGCUGUGUUUAGUAUCCGAGUGUUGAUGCACGGCCAGCAGUUCACAUCGCUCAGGGAAACUCUUCCUCAGCUCUUCCGCUCCACCACUGGCUUUCUCGGCCAGGCUUUGAAUAAUUGCUUCCGCUAAUCUUGGCUGUCCGUGCCUAACCUCUUCAUUUGGCGUGACUGGAUCUCAAGCCGGGCUCCCAGUGGGUUAAGCUGGAAUAGGGCUUUAGACUUGUAUUUAUACCGCCAUUUCCAAUGGGUUAGUUAAAAAUACUUACAAGCAUUAUGAGUGAGUCUGCUCGCUGUGUAGAACGGGUCGCGUUCGGUUUACAAUGGCGGCAAGAACCUUUUCGGAUGGGCUCGUUUCAAUCGAGGAGCAUAAAAAGCCUUUGGUUGGGGCUUGUUUUGGACCGUCUGAAUCGAGUUGGAAAUAGCAAGCAUUAUAGUUUGAAUGAUAUCUUUUCAUAAUUAAUGUGGG